GCCGCCUUUUCCUAAGUCUCUGUGAUGCCGAAGAAUGUAAACCUGUACAGCAGCUUUUCCUCUUCAAAUAUACUUUUAUCACGCGGCUCACGCGCCGUCUUUACACUGUGACGUGAUGUCUGAAUACAGGUUCUGAAACUGGUUUGUUAUCCUCAGCCGUUUUCGCGUUUUAAGCAGUUGCCAGGUGCUCACAAAUGACUGAUCUCAUCCCAGGGAAGCCUUCAAAACCAUACUGAGGAUCAAUCAUGGAGAGUUUCAUCUUGUUCAGAGGAACGAAACGGGCGACUGUAAAGGAAGACGACGUGACGACCGAAAAAAUCGGCAGGAUCUUCCAGAUCGGCUGUAAGUGGGACAUUGCAGUGCCGGAGAGUCAGUAUGAAGGGCCUCGGCUGCAGGUGGACCUUCUCCCUGGGAUUCAUGGUGGGGGCCUGCAGCUUCUACUUCUUCCUGUACAACGUGUGGUUUGAGAGGAGCUACCCUAUGCUGUCAGAGGCUCAAGAAAAAGCCAUAACAGAGAAGAAGAGACCAACGAACAGAAAGGAAGAGGCUGCUGCUCUCUUGAACCUACUCCACCCUCAACAUGCAGAUGAAGACAACAGGGUGGCGGAUGAGUUGUACAGGAAGGUACGUAUUCUUUGUUGGGUGAUGACGGGGCCGUAUAAUCUACAAAGCAAGGCCCGCCAUGUCAAGGCCACCUGGAGUCGCCACUGCAACAUGGUGGUGUUCAUGAGCUCUGUGAAGGAUCCAGACUUUCCCACCGUGGGACUGGGCACUAAGGAAGGCCGUGACCAGCUCUACUGGAAGACCAUCCGAGCCUUCCAUUAUGUAUACGAGCACCAUGCGGAUGAAGCGGACUGGUUCUUGAAAGCGGACGAUGACACCUACGUGGUGGUGGACAACCUCCGCUGGUUUCUGUCCAACUACACCCCUGAGCUGCCCAUCUAUUUUGGCAAACGCUUCAAGCCUUACGCCAAGCAAGGCUACAUGAGUGGAGGGGCAGGUUAUGUACUUAGUAAAGAGGCCCUCAAGAGGUUUGUGGAAGGUUUUCGGAUCAAAGUUUGCACACAUACCACCCCCAUAGAGGACCUAGCACUAGGGCAGUGUCUGGAAAAGAUGGGCGUACUGGCUGGCGACUCUAGAGAUACUUUACAUCGGGAAACUUUCCAUCCAUUUGUUCCAGAGCACCAUCUAACUGGCAAGUUCUCCAAGAGCUUGUGGUACUGGAAUUAUUGUUACUACCCGAUUGUUGAGGGUCCACAGUGCUGCUCUGACCUGGCGGUAUCGUUCCAUCAAGUGGAACCAGACCUUAUGUACACACUGGAGUAUUACACCUACCACCUGAGAGCGUACGGCUAUAGGCCACGGUAUCGGCCUUCCCUACGCCAUGGUCUUGGCAUCAGCACUCUGCCACCGUCUGGUAACAAUGAAACCAAAGUAGUGACCUCACUGAGAACAGGACUGUCGUCACACAUGACAACCAACACUGACUGGGUUUAAUGUGUGCACUGUCUGAAUCUUCUUUUUACUCACAGUAACCUUGGGGAUAGAAAUUGUUAUGGUAAUCACAACUGUGCCAGACAUGUUAUUACCCCGUGAUGGCUAAAUGUUCCUUCUGACCGAUCCUAUCGCUGUAUGACACUGAGCACUGCAGGGACAGCUGCAAAUAACUUCAAAGAUAAACGCUUUGUGGAGCUGAAUUAGUCCUGACAUAUUCAGUGUUUGAAUUGGAUGAUGUUACAGUUACAGAUAUGUUUUCAGAUUGACACAGGUAGACCAUUACUGGGUUUUUGUUUUUUUUAUCACAUGGACCGCAGCAACCUAUUUGGUUAUUUUUACAUUUUGGUUUUCCUGCUGCUAAAUUUGGCAUUCUGCUCUUGCUGUUCAGACAUUUCAGUUAAAUUUGGGGUUGUUAAAAAAACAACCCAAUACAUUUCUUUUUGCUUAUUUAAUUAAAUUAACUUUAUUUAUAUUAUAUUUAUUUGUGUUUUUGUUUGUAUAUUACCUUUUUAAUUCCUCUACAGCCAGCCAUGAUGUUUGUCCCAGAACAACUGUGUUGUGAAAAGUGUUUGUUUUUUUUGACCCCUGAAGUGUGCACUUGAAACACUAUGUGCUUCUGUUUGAGAACCCUGUAGCAUCUGAUAAACACAACAUUGUACAAAACUCCA